AUUCAUAUAUUUCAGGUGUGUUUUGCGUCUUUUAUUCCUAAAAACGUCUUAAACGUGGCUUACUAUUAUCACGAGUCACUGCCGACAGACGCGAGGAGGCGAUGCAAUUUAAAAUGAGCGUUUAUUGGCGUACAAAGUUGCCGAUACAAAGUCGCAGCUGAUAGCUGGAUAAACAAAGGAAUGGCCUACAGUGGAGUUCGGAAACAUCUACAACUACCUCAUAAAGUCACCCAGCCUGCCCACAACUGGAGAUACUGUACAAGCAGAUUACCCAGACCUGAUUCCAGGUUCCUGUAAACGGUUAAAAUACAGAUAAGUACAGUAGGAGAGCUCUUAAAAAAAGACGUGGUCUAUCAACAUGUCUGCUCUGACAAACUCCACCAUCAUCAAGUCCAGAGAGACUUUAGCAUUAAAGCUGUGCUGCCCUAUCUGCUUGCAGCUCUACUCAAGGCCUGUGUCUCUGCCCUGUGGUCACAUCUACUGUCAUGUCUGCAUUCAAACUCUGGGAGAAGGGCUUGACCGUCACUGCUGCCCCGAGUGUCAGGCAGAUUAUCAAGAGGACCAAGUCUUAGUAAUCAGUUACAAAAUGUCUGGUAUUGUCGAGUCUCGAGAAACUGCUGCAGGUCAAGUCAAGCCGGCUGUGGUAGAAUGCAAAACAAAAUGCAGUUUGGAUGUAGCUACACAGCACCCACAAAAUGAGGGAAAUGACAUCAAAUCCAAAGAGGUUCACACAAACAACUUUCAACUGGCAUCUCAAGUCAAGGACCUUGCCGUCCAGUUGGAGUUGGCGGAGAAUGUGCUAAAAAAGGAGAAGGAACAUGAAGCAGAUUUGACCGUCGCUAAUAAACUGUUGAGAGAAAAGGCAUCGGAACACCUGCGCCAGCUCAACGCUGUCGUGCUGAAAUAUGGCAAUGACGUCAUGCAGCUCCUGGAUGAAGAGCUUUCUCCAGAGGAGGCCAGUGUGAGCCUCAGGGUCGGUCAGGCUACCCAACUCACAGAGCAGCUAAAACAAGUUCUGCUCAGGACGGAGUCGCUCCUGGCAGAGGGAGGUGAUGCCAAGUUCACAGAAGACUUUCAAGACCUGCAACCGCACAUUGCGGAGAUGACAGGAAAAGCCAUUGGGGAAUCAGAGGGCCUUGUGGAGCCAAAGGGCGACCCAGUUCGAGUCAUUCCUAAAUUAGAACGCAAGAACCUUGAACUUAAGGAAAGUCUCGGCGCUAUACAGCGCUCACUUCGUAAAACCCUCAACCCGUCUGAGGUGACGUUUGAUAUCAGCACAGCUCAUCCUAACCUCAUCCUCUCUGAGGACUUGAAAACUGUGACGUUCAGCACCACCAAGCAGCCGUACCCGCCGUCUCCUCACAGAUUCACUAGCUUCUUCCAGGUUCUCAGCUCACAGAGCUUCUCUAAAGGCGACCAUCUCUGGGAGGUGGAGCUCCACGGUGCUCCAUGGAUCAUUGGUUUAUGCUGCAGCGGUAAAAUGGAGCGAAGUGGGAUUUCAUCGGCGCUGGAAAGCAACAGCAAUGCUUUCUGUCUGAUGUGGUUCAACAACAUGCUAACAGCCUUCGAGCGAGGUCGAGAUGUGCCACUCAAGAGGACCACGGUGUCUUGCAGACUAGAGAUCGGGUUGAGCUUCAGCACCGGCUCGCUGAGCUUUUACAAAAUCAGCCCCACCAGUGGAAAGACACUCGUGUACACAUUUAAAGCCGACUGGCCUGAACCUGUGCACUUAGCCUAUCGAAUGAUGUCAGGGCAUCCGGAAGCACGUGUCACAAUUAUUUCAAAAUGACUUGACAGCUGGGAAUGUUGAUGUCAUAAUAAAUCAGAAUAGGGUGACCAAACAUCCUCUUUUGCCCGGACAUGUCCACUUUUUACAUCCUGUCCAGCUUGUCCGGCGGGGUUUUAUAAAUUCAUGAAAAUGUUUUUGGUUUUCACACCUGUGUUGAAAUUGACUGACGCUUUGCACAGAAUACCACAGGCAUGAAAAUCACUCACCUUUUGGUGAAAUUCGCCAUUUUGACCUACGUGAAUUGUUUAGAUCCGAGGAGAAAAUGUUUUUUUGGGGGAGGGGGCGGUCGUAAUUCUAACUAACGACUUGUUUUAUCGAAGUUGCUAAGCCUGUCGGGGUAUGCAAUGAGUCCAUUUAUCGCAAGUUAAAUAAAAAUGAGGGCGGUAAUUUUCACGGCUGUGUUUUAUCACCGCGUGCAUGCGUGCAUACAUUCGUGCGUGCGUGUAGAGGACAUAUGAGACUCCAGUUGUUGUGUCCAGAUGUUUAUUGAUCAUCAACACGCCGCAGAGUUACAGUUCACACAUACAAAAUAAGAAAACACAUCUAUAUUAAACACUGUAAACGUUAGCAUUGCUACAUUGAGACUAAUGGAGAAAAAAGACUACCUACAUUAGCCUGCUAUAAAACAUUGGCAGUCUUUUCCAAAACGCAAACUUGCGGUUAAAAGGUGACACAUCAAACAUAAAAAAUCGCUGGUUAAGAGCAUUUGCAAACGAAAAAAUGAACAAUUCUAUUAGCGACGCCACAAGCAAUGAUGAAAAGUGCUUUUUGCGGCGUGUAAAGUUGUUAGCGGUGUAGCGAACGUACUUCCGGUGAACAUUUCAAAAUAAAAGCAUAUCACGUUUGUCAUAUAAAUAACGAUUUCUGGAGUUAAUCCCACAUACAUCAGAAUUAAUACUAUAAUAUGUGAAUACUAGGGUUGUUCCGAUCAUGUUUUUUUGCCCCCGAUCUGAUCCCGAUCGUUUUAGUUUGAGUAUCUACCGAUCCCGAUAUUUCCCGAUCUGAUUGCUUUUUUUGCUCCCGAUUCAAUUCCAAUCAUUCCCGAUAUUUUGGCAAGGCAUUAAGAAAAAAAUGAAUAAAACUCGGACGAAUAUAUACAUUCAACAUACAGUACAUAAGUACUGUAUUUGUUUAUUAUGACAAUAAAUCCUCAAGAUGGCAUUUACAUUAUUAACAUUCUUUCUGUGAGAGGGAUCCACCGAUAGAAAGACUUGAAAUUCUUAAAGGAUAAAUGUGACUUUGUAUAUUGUGACUAAAUAUUGCCAUCUAGUGUAUUUGAGCUUUCAGUAAAUUAUACUGUAGACAUGCCCAAAUGCAUGAUGGGAAGUGCAACCAUGACUGUGCUUAGUGCUACCAAUUGAUAUAUCUUCUCUGCAUUGGGAAAUAAAAUAGGGAGUUAAGAAAAAGAUCUAUUACUACCUUGCUUCCCCACAUUGCUUCCCACAAUAUUUCUAAUCGUAGGGAGAGGGAUUCUAAGGCUUUAGCCAUUUAAAACAAGGCUCCAAAGGCUGCCAAAAUUCUCUCUACCCAUUAUACGCUGCCUUUAAGCUCUCUAUAUAGGUAGAACGGCGCCAUUACAGAUUGAGCGCGAUAAUGCGUGAGUGGGUCGUGCAGCGCAUUCAUUAAUUGCGUUAAAUAUUUUAACGUGAUACAUUUUUUAAAAAAAAUUGCCGCCGUUACCGGGAUAAAUUUGAUAACCCUACUUUAAGCCGUUAAAUACAGUUAGAAAAUGAUUUAAUUAAAAAAAGUAUAUAUAUACAGUGAUACCUCAGCUCACGAACGCUUAAGCUCACGAACUUUUCGCCUCAAGAACAUUAAAUUCGCGAGCAUAUAGUCUCUGCUGACGAACUAGUUUUCGGCGGACGAACGAAACCACGCGGUCGAACAGCGCCACGAGAAGCUGACGCACGCCCACGGCGUCCCAGUUCGUCCCCUCCCUUUCGUUGAGUGCAGACGUGGUUUGUGUUUGAUAGACAAUUUGGACCAUAUUGAGUGUACUUUUGCUAUUAUGGGACCGAAAAAGAGUUACCUACAGUCCUUAUGGAAGGUGACUCGUGUUACCAAUUCGCCCUCGACUGGUAAUUGGUGGUGCUUUCAGCUUCCCACCGUCGUGAGAAGUGGACCAGUGUUCGGCGAGUCACGUUGGCUCGUUGUCGUCGGUUGUCUUCGGUUCGCCCGAUUUCCUCUCCAGAAAGGUGGCGGCGUGCAUACAAACACCCAGAGGCGUCGGAUGGCUUUUUGUGGGCACUUUUAUUAACAACCAAAAGCAUGUGGGGGGCACAGCAGUGGAGUCUACGCUACCUGCGCACUUUGCCGGUAACACUCUCCUUCCAAACAGUAACUCCCUCCCUCCCUCCUCCUCCCACUCCAUUCCAUCAAGCCAUCAACUACCAUCACAAAGGUAAAUAAAACGACUUUAUUAUACAGUGCAGUUUAUUUCUUUAAUUAUAAUACAAUAGCACAUUUAUUAUACUUAAAAUAAGGUACAGUAUAUUUUUGUGUAGUUUUAAGGCUUAUUUAGUAGAAAAUUAUGUUUUAUGGGGACCUGGGAACAGAUUAUUCUCAUUUUAAUGGUUUCUUAUGGGAAAUAAAUGUUCGGAAGACGAACUUUUCGCCUCACACACACUUUCUGGGAACCAAUUAUGUUCGUGAGCUGAGGUAUCACUGUAUUUAAAAAAGGCAUGUCCGAUAUUUUUUUGCCGAUUCCGAUACUUUCAAAAUGACGUGAUCAUCCCGAUCGAUCGGGACAUCUCUAGUAAAUACUAGAGAAUUCAGAUUCUACACUAAGAAUAACUUUAAAAUAACACCCUGUUUAAAAAAUAUGACUGGCAAUCAAUAUGAUAAUUAUUAAAAUACCCCAUUAUUAUAAUAACCCCCAACUUUCCACCUUCUUACACAUAUAUAGUAGUAGUAUACUAUAAUAAUAAUGCUGGAUACUUUUUUUUUUAAGAAUUGUUUUGAAUCUGUUGUAAAGGCGAAGUCACUGAAUCUGUUUACAUUCCAUUCUUUCGCACUAGUAAAUGCCAUCAGCUAAGCCUGCACAAUAUAUCGUUUGAACAUCGCCAUCGCAAUGUGCGCAUGCUCAAUGGUCACAUCGCAGGACGUGCAAUUGUUUUUCUUUUUUUCAACAUUCAAACUUUUGUUUUGCUUCAUAAACGCAUCAAGUGUGCAGAUCCUGGAUUAAACUGAGUCAUAUAAAUAAUAUAUAUAAAGGGCCGAUGGCGCCAUUUUUCAGCGCAUCGGAAUCGGGUGAAAAGGGUCUGUUUUUUAUUUAAAAACAACAUACGUUCAUGUUUUUCUGCUUCAUGCUCGUACAGCACCACAGCUUCUCACUCUCUCGCUCCUGCUAUGCAGAGCGACCAAAAACUUGUUCUUGGUCAACAGUAGAGGUGGGAAUCUUUGGGCACCUAACGAUUCGAUUACGAUUCAGAGGCUACGAUUCGAUUAUAAAUCGAUUA